AUGAACCAUGAGGUUGAUAAUGAUUCCCAAAUCGCAUCUCAAUUAAUCACUAUAAUCAAAGGUCCAGUAUAUAAUUCUCGAGAAAAUGCAACCUUUUUAAUAUUAUGUCGUAAUUCCGAUAUAUUCACCACCCUAGAAACAAUUCAAAAUAUUCAAGAUCGUUUCAAUAACAAAUUCAAUUAUGAUUAUACAUUCCUAAAUGAUGAACCAUUUACUGAUGAAUUCAUCUAUCUCAUAAGUUCAUACAUACCCAAAGGUAAUAUCAACUUUGGAUCAAUUCCACCUGCUCAUUGGUCAUAUCCUGAUCAUAUUGACCAAUCUAAGGCUCAGAGAAUACGACAGAAUUAUGCGGAUAUUCCAUAUGGUGAUUCGGAAAGUUAUAGACAUAUGUGUAGAUAUUAUUCUGGAUUCUUUUAUAAACAUCCAUUAGUUCACAAAUAUCAAUAUUAUUGGAGAAUUGAACCUGGAAUAAAAUAUUAUUGUGAUAUCGAUUAUGAUUUAUUCAAAUAUAUGAGAGUGAAUGAUAUAAGAUAUUCAUUUGUGAUUUCACUUUUUGAAUAUUCAGAAACUAUACCCACAUUAUGGAACCAUGUUCAAAAAUAUAUCAUGCACGAACAUCUCGAAUCUCUGGAAUUGCUCCCAUUAUUACUUAAUAAUCACAAUUGGUAUAAUCUUUGUCAUUUUUGGUCCAAUUUCGAAAUCGCCAAUUUAGAUAUCUACACUGAUGCAAAAUAUGAACAUUUCUUUAAUUAUUUAGAUCAAAUUGGAGGAUUUUAUUAUGAAAGAUGGGGAGAUGCCCCGAUUCAUUCAAUUGCCAUUAGUUUAUUUUUAAAGAAACAUGAAAUUCAUUGGUUUGAUGAUAUUGGCUAUUAUCAUGCUCCAUAUUUACAAUGUCCUCAGGAUCCUAAUGUUUAUAUUAAAAGACGAUGUUCUUGUGAUCCGGAUGAGGAUUUUACUGACAGUUAUUUGAGUUGUACAAAUCAUUUCUUGAAUGUUCUUGCUAGCUGA